AUGACCCGCCUUCUUCGUGCAGCAAUCCUCGAGUGCGACGCGCCCAUUCAGCCCGUCAAGGACCGCUACGGGACGUAUGGAGACCUUUUCGAGAAUCUCCUCAAAGCAGGUUUGAAAGCGCAAGGACUUGAAUUUCAGGCGGGUUUACAGGUCACCAAAUGGGAUGUUGUGAACAGUUCUGUCUAUCCCAAACCCGAUGACUGUGAUGCGAUACUCUUGACCGGAAGCAAACAUGAUGCCUUUUCAGACGAGCCAUGGAUUAUCGAAUUGACAAACUAUGUUCGAGAUGUAUACGAAAAUCACAAGAAGCCCAUUAUUGGGAUAUGCUUCGGUCAUCAGAUCAUUGCACGUGCCCUGGGAGCCCGCGUGGGUCGAAGCGACAGAGGAUGGGAGAUUGCAGUUGAGCCGAUUAUACUGACUGAUACUGGGAGGGAACUAUUCUCUAAGAAUGUUCUGUCCCUCCAUCAAAUGCACCGUGAUAUCGCCUACGAAGUUCCAGAGGGUUGUAUCAACUUAGGGUCGAGUUCCAUCUGUGAGGUACAAGGGCUCUACAGCCCUGGGAGGAUUUUUAGUGUUCAAGGCCAUCCAGAGUAUGAUGAGUUUGUGGUCAGCAAGCUAAUUGAGACCCGGCAUGCUAUGGGGAUCUUUGAUGACCAGCUGUUCAAGGACGGUCUAUCCCGAGCUGGAAACCCGCAUGAUGGAUCAGUUGUCGGGGAGGCGAUUUGCAAGUUUCUUCUUGAUGAUCCGGUAGCCAAGCAUGUAUAG